AUGCCAAUUAAGGACGACUAUGUAUGCAAGCCUGCUACAGGAGUUCGCUUCAAUGGCUCAAAACCAUCAUAUUGUGGACCCUCUUAUCCAGAACCCGUAUUUAGCUUUAAUUCAGCACUUUCUCCCCCAACAUUCGCCCCGGAGAGUAUCAUGAGGGUAUUGAUCAACUCUAUCGAUGCAUUGCCGUUUUCAGAAUGCGGGUCUAUCAAACACAAAUUACUAGUCGAGGAGCUCUGUACCUUCGUUGAAGACAUCGACAGCAUUCAUUACGACAGAGGGGGCGAAAGCCUGAGAUCCAAGUUGAUGAAACUAGUUGACGGGUUUAAUCAUUGGGCUCCAAAGCCUCCGAUGAGAUCGUUCAAGCUUAAGAGUAUUAUCGGCCCGCCUGGGGUACAUGCGGUCAUCGAAGCCCCCAGUGAUCUGUCAAGACCCCUGGUUUUCUAUUAUCCUUUGAAAGGAGAAAUCUCAAUUGAGAAAGCUUUUUUUACGAUUGGGUCGGCCGCUUAUCCCGUGCGAUAUGAGUCUGUUUGGAAGGCACUUACCGACUCUAAGGCCGAGGAUAUUUGGAAAUUGUACAAGGCUGCGGAACAAAUACUUGUCGGCGAAGCUAGAGAAUCCUCUAAAACUCGUCCAUACAUCUGCAGAAAGGAAAAAUUACUUUUGGAUUUACACCACCGAGGUCUUUCUUUGAAUGUUGAGCCGAUUUGGACAGGGUUUGAAGAACAAUUUUUGAACACCUGUACCUCCCUUCGCUCGAUCCAAACGACCAUUGAAAGGUCAGACGAAUUUCUUCCGGAAAGCUGUUACAAAUUUGACUUUGAGAACUGUGGAGGCUGGGAAGCGUAUAGAUUUUGCCGUUUCAUGCGUCAGAUCGUGGUCCCAAUUGAGCAGACGGUUGGUAUCAUCUCUGGGGAAAAGGUUGCAAUAAAACCUUUGCUCUGGGAUCCACAUCAGAACUAUGAUUCUCUGAGAAAGAAGACCACUUGGGGCCUCUAUCCUACAUAUCUUGAGUGGGACGAGAAUACAGAGAGCUUCACUGGAGCGAUCAAACUUGCAUCAAACUUCCCUGAACGUACUCACGUGGAUGUUCGCUGCGAUAUCUACUCAAGAACCUCAGAGACUCUUCCAGGGGGAGUAAGAUUCGAAACAAUCUUAAAAUCCUUUAUUACUUUACGUGUAUACGUUCCUGCCUAUAAAGCUCCGGGGGCAACCCCUACCAAAAGGCUCGAUGACUCCUUAUUACCUGUGGACGAAUAUGAGAAGAACUCUACACUGGAUCAAAUCGUUCAACAUAAAGCAUACAAAUUUUUGCAAAGCUCCAGUCACGUACCGAUGAAAUUGACUGUUUUUGGAGCGCAGGAUGAGCAGACAUCAGUACUAUCAGAACAUGGGAGCUCCCGUAUUGAUCAUGACAAACAGAUCCCGAUAUGCCCUGUGAUUAGUGGUGGUUAUGGUGGUACCAGUCCUAUGUUUAAACAGAGAAAGAUUAAACAUGAAAGCGAAGGUAUUCUUUCGUUACGCUGGGACCCCGAGCAAUGGUUGAGCAUCAUUUUUCGCGUUGAGCCUGAGGGAGGGGUGGAGUGGAGAUCCAUAAGUAAUUGGGAGGUCAUGUCCGAAAAAUCCGAAAGUGAUUUGAGCGAGAGCGAUGAUUCAGUUGAGAAAGACGAAGAGUCCUUGGAAAACAACUUAGAACAGAUUCAAUACGUAGGUUAUCCCGUUUGUGCGAGGAAGCUUAAAUGUCGUUCUGGUUAUCAGGUCUACGAAGACAUCUCCGCCAUUUUCAACGAGCUACCAAGUGUUAAGGUACAGUCGAUAGUGACAAAUAAGCCUAGCUCAUUUGGUUCAGCUAUAUUUUCAGCGGAUGCAGAAAUGAAGGACAGGAUGCUCGAGAAUGAGAAUUUCUUCGAAGGCCACGGCUAUCUAGGACUGGGUAUCGAGAAGCAACGAUGCAUUCAGUGGAGAAAACUAACAUUGCCCAAAAUUUUGAGAUCUUUACGAACAUUCCAUGAUGAUAUCGAGGAUGUCAUCACGAUAUCGGUACAUAUUGGAAAGAAAGGAGGAUAUAAUCUCCAGGAAGUAAAGCGUAUUGCAAAGGCAAUAAUAAUUUUUGGGGAUCUCUUUGAUUACACUAAGAUAAUGCGUGACGAGAGCGAGCAACCUAUGUCUCCUGAUUUUGGGUCCAGUCGGCACAACCCAUAUUCACAGGGGUUUACAACAGUCGAACAAGUUGAUUUGAUUGAUAAGGCUACGUCUCUCAGUGAUGUUACGAAAAUCAUGAAUCCCGAAUAUCAUGAUGUCGAAGAGUACAGGUUUAAUUUUUCAAAACUGAAAAGCCAAGGAACAAUCGUGUGGACACAUUCGAUUUCGAAAACAGUAAUCGACGGCAGUACUGGACUUAUCGCUGGAAUGCUCUCAAUAAGUACUGCUGCAAUGAGCCUUGAGGAUGCCUGCUUUGCUGAAUUAGCCAAGCACGAAGCUACUUGGGACAACCUGUCGUUGCUUCUUGAAAAUGACAAGAAAGGCAUUGCAAGAUUAAGCUUGAAUACAGAUGAAAAUAAUACCCCGAGAGCACAGAAUUAG